AACAAAGAGGCCAGCUUAUUGAACCAGACGUUACAGCUCUUUCAUUCUUGUUUUACAGCAAUCGUACAGAGAGUUAUUUCUUUCAAUUGUAAAACAGACAUGUUUGAAUAACACCUGAAUAGUUUUUCUCUUUUUUCAUAUCUUUCUUACCAAUUUGAACAAGGAAUACAUCAUUGACACUGAAGGAAAAAAUGAAUUAUUGGAAGUGUUUUUUCCUGUAGGUUAAGUUUUUUGGCGUUUUUCUUGCUUUUAAGUGUUAAAUUUUAAUUCAGAAUUUCAAACAUUAAUUGUCACGAUUACCGAGAUCUCAAAAGUUGCAUCGGAGGUGCUCGUUUGAGACUAGAAAAAAGGAACGUUGUUUGUCUUAUAAGGAUACCAAGAUGACGGAUAGCGAAAGCGAUUCGCGUUCUGCGGUGAGAAACAGUCCCGACAUGAGCCUCAUAAUAACCGUGGUUAAUCCGAGGCAGCGAAUCAAGAGGUCGUGUGAACAGGUGCUCUCGGAUAUAGCCGAAGUGUUCUCGUUUUGUAGCAGUGCCAAAUCGGACUUAGCUUUCUUCCCCGAAUUAUACACCACUGGAUAUCAGAUGAGCCGAGCCAAAUUCGUAGAAUACACAAUUCUGUACGAGAAAGAGAAACUGAACGAGAGGAUAGCGGAUUUAGCCGACAGAUUCAAAGUGGCCAUUCUGUACGGCUACGGAGAGUACGACUCACAAUCUGAAAAGGUGUCUAACUGUGCCCGUUUCUACGACCCGAAAACUAAGUUGGACUUCGUGCACUCUCGGGACGACUACUCGACUUCUAAUUCGGUGUUCAAUAGAGGAAAGAAACAGCCCCCCAUGUUCACGUGGAAACACGGAGCCACUGUCGCAUUUGGAAUCUGUCUGGAGACUAGUAAAUUGGACGAGGUGUGUGAUCAGUUCCGAGGCAGAGGAGGGGGAGGGGGAGGGGUGGAUUUGUUGUUCUCCCUGUCUACCCGGUCCAACACCCUCCUGCCCCAGCCCAGAUUCCUCCCCCACCCCACACAUUCCAUGUUCUUCCUGCACAACUACUACAACGAACAGGGUGCCGAUAAAUGUCUGACGGCGGAAGUGAACUUGAUGAAGUUAGCUCGGUUCAAAAGGAACGACCUAGACAUAGAGAGAAAGCCUACAAAGAUGUCGGCCUCUGUGAAGUUCAUGCCAGGACUCAAGAACCCACCGGAGAACAAAAAGCAAAGCAAGAAACCUAAGAAAAGAAAAACCACAUGGAAUUUCUGAUAAAUUAGAAAGAAAUAUCGACUAUUUAUGUCUUUGCUGCAAAUAAA